AUGGCCUGGACAGCUAUCAAUUCCAGCAACCGUUGCACGAAGCUCGUCAAGCAAGACGAUGACCCCAACAAGUCCACCAACAUCGUUAUUCAGAAGCCGCUCUCCACUGCUAGCAAGUACAGAAUCAAUAUCCUCGCUGCCGCUGAACGACUCGUGGCCAAUGUCCCGAAAAAACGGACGACAGCAUCGACAAAGACCCAGAGAGCUGCCUCAGCAAAAGCCAAGAAGUCUAAGAAGGUCGUUGCAGUAGCUGAACAGGAUUCGACUCCAAUAAAGAGAACACGAAAGCGCAAGAGGAGCAUCGACAGCGAGGUCAGCAUUGAUAAAUCCACUUGCUCGAUGACGACCACGUCCAACGCGAAAGUCACACCAUCCAAGCAAUUUCCUCUUGCUCAGAUAUCAUCGAUCACAGAUACUGUCUCUCUAAAUGACGAAAAUGAAUCUGGUCGGCACUGCAGAAAUACCUCGACGGUGGUUCAUGCUUUCAAGUCAUUGGUUGCUGAACAACGCUCAGCUGAUGGUUGGGAAUAUGGCAAGGUAACAGAACUAUCAGUGAACUGUUCUGGAGAAGAAUCGCAGCACAGAACAGCGACGAGGCAUGCUGGGCAUGACAGACUGGAAACCACGAUGCAGUCAUCUGCUUCGCCGGUGUCCAAUGCUGUUGCUAAUGAGUCGAUUGUCCUGCACAACCUCAAAGCUCGCUCCGUCAUCGAGCUUUCGUCAGACGACAGCCUUAGCUUUGAAAAUGACUUUGACGAUACCAUCUUCGACGACAACCCAUUUACUCUGCCCACACCACAGACGACAGUCUCAUCUGCAUCCCUGCAAGCUCUUCCAAGUACUGACGACGUGGCUAACUCACCUACACCAAAUCGCCAUCCUAAUGGUGCGCCAUAUCCAGCUUUCAUGCAUCCCUGUCCACCCAGUGGCAAUAAUGAUCUUGCAGCUCGUCACAAACACAUCUGUUUUCGCGCAGCUGAUUUCCAUCGUCUAGUGAGAGUCGCGCAGUCCCAUGAUCGAUCACAACAAGAAUACGAUAUCAACGUCCAGCUCUUUGCCACAGUCAACAAGAUCAAUUACGCGAACAGCAUGGGUCAAGGCCAGGGAGUCGUCUUUACGGACUGCUUCUUCCCAGAUAAGCCACCGAAUAUCACCACAAUCUCCAAAAUACCAUAUAGCGCAAGAGAUCUCAUGUCUCGUAGACAGAAGUCAGCGACAACGAAAGAGAUAUUCAAGGCCAAUGUUCAGAUUCAGGCUCGAUCACCAGCAGGCAGGGUCGCAAGACGUAUGCAGUACGAAAUCGUCGAUAUUACUCCAACCUCUUGGGAAGAGAUAAUGGAAGCGAAGAGGAUGAUAGAGAAGGACAAGAUGGCACGUCAAUCUGCGACAACGACCAAGGAAGAGAUAGAGAGGGGGAUCGAGAACAAGGAUACGAAGGCUAGGGAGGAGUUCAGCGAUCCAGAUCUCGACGAAGCAUUACCCGAGCUUUUUGAGCUGUUUAGAAGUAGAGCGCAACAAAUCAUGAGUGAAGCCCUCUAA